GGACACACGGUCAUUGAUGAUCCUUUAUAAUAAUCCUUUAAUUGUUUAUCGAAGUCGAAGUGCUAGUGUUCUUUUGUGCAUAAUAACAAAGACGUAGUUAUGGUAAAUGGUACAUUACGUGACGCUGCUCUCGUCUCUAGCUCAACGCCUGGCAAAUGGAGAGGGACGACAUGCAUUGAGUGAUGUGUUGGCCCAUAGAACUUACAAGGAAUGCCAUAGUAUUAUUUCCUUUUACAAUAACCCUUCAAUCGCACCAGAAGCCCACAAACACGCGCUGCAUGUGAUGAUUAAUAUCCCACAAACGCUUUAUAUUAUGACAAAGAAGCAAUCCUCUCAAAUGUUCGGGAUUUUAUUUCUCUCACCUUAUUUUAAAAAAUCUUCAGAAGGAAUCAAGCUCUCACGUAUGUGUACUAGCCUUAUUGUAUCAAACGAGAUGACAUCUUUAACAACACUUGAACUUAUUCUGGCGGCUGAUGUUAUUCUGCGCUAUACAAAUGAGAGUACGCAAUCCCAAGACCCUUCCGGUAUCCCGUUUAAUACCUUCACCACCGAUUCCUCUUCGUCUUCAUUCUUUAAUAUACCGAAGAUUUCUCUUGGACAAAGAACAGGAAGAAAUAAAGAUGAGUUCCCAUCUGGAGGUGACAUUCGGCUUGCUAUAAAACUUCUUACAGAAGCCGUGCGAAGGAUCCCAAAUGAUUACAUCUGUAAUGAGGGCUCGAGUUCUGAGGGAAUCAUGCCAUGGGAUUUGAAAAAAAGAAAGAGCUCAUUGAAUAAAAUUUUAACCCUAUCAACCACGUCGUCGUUACAUGAAGAAGAAUUGAAAUUUUUAAUGGUGUCAAUUAGUAAAUUGCAGACAAUAACUAAUAUAAUGCAUUUAUACGGAGUGAAUGAGCAAAAUAAUUUUGAAGAAAUUAAAAAAUUUAUACUUCUUCCCGUAGCCAAGGUACUGCCACGAAUACCUUUCCUAAUUCAUUUACCGCUAAUAUUGAAAACCAGGCCACUUCAUGAUCAUGAGAUUUCCUUUCUAGUUAAUAUUCUGAUAAUCAAUGAAAAAACAUUUAGCGAUAUUGGUGCCCAGAUGUUUCGGACUUUAUUUGAGCUGUUAAAGCCAAGUAACUUUUUUAUUGCAUUCACAGCGGAGAAGGCAUUAGGUAAAUUUAACUUAUUACUGCACAAUUUUCCUAUUUAUCGCUUAUUCCAGUCUAAUGAUAUCGUCUUGAAUAUGUUUGAAGCGCUUGCGCCACUACUAGAAACACAAAUUUUUUUUACGAAGGACUUUCCGGAGGGAGUGGACUUUGGCAUGAAACAUCCACAUAUUUUUUUAAGAAUGGUGAUGUUUUUGUUCACAGUCUACUCGACGUUUUGUGUAAAACCAUUUGUGGAUCAAACAGUAUUUUCACAUAACUUGUGUAUACUUGAAAGAUUAACAAAAAAAUUAUUCAUGCGGCUUGAGGAAGCUAAAUGUGAUGGAUUGGUUAGUGCCUAUAUGAAAGUUAAUAAAACGCCCGUGGAGGUAUAUUUACUUCAAAUCCUAAUAAAAAUGUACAGAGCCCGUAAACUAGCAAGCAGCCUCUUCGUAUCGAAUCAUGAGCUCCGCACCAUCUCUUUUACAACUGAAGAAUUAAUUUCUUCCAUAAAGACUAAAUCAAACAGUUUGAUUUUGCUAUUUAAAGAAGAGUCUAAGUUGAAGACGGAAAGUCUCAGGCAGCAAACUUAUGAGCUUCUGAAAACUCAGGAUAAGUUCAAGAUUUGGGGCGACAUGGUGGAUUUCUGUCUUGAAAUUCUCGAAACCGAUGGCCCAGCUGAAGAUGCUUCAUCAUCAUCUAAUAUGGAAUUCUACAUACAAGUUUUACGAUCUAUUGUUUUUGUUAUGCACUAUCGUAAAGACUAUCAUUUUAUUCUGAAAAAUCUACACAUUAUCUUUCGAAGCUUGAAUAAGGCAUAUUCGGGUCGCUGCUCCGUACACACGGAGAGGUUAAACAGCGGAUUUACAAAAAAAGGUUCAACUGAGACCGACGCACUAAAGGAAUUACUGAUUGAAAGCUUCAAUGAGUUACGCAACUACAUAGAGCAAUACACGAAUGUGUCGAUGUCGGAUAGGAAGGAGAUGUUUCUGGAUGAUCUAAUGAAAGAUUCGCUGAUACCGUUUUCGCGGUUUUGCCUUAGCAUAGCCAUGGAGACCAUCCAGCUUUCCUUUAACCUUGGCUUCCCGAUUUCCGACUUGUGUUCGGUACCCACGCUGGAGUCCGUCCUCAUCUUUGUCCUUCGCCUGAAUGUGGGGAGAGGAGCUGUCACGGACCCCUCCGAGCGACACCAGGAAACGUCUAUCCUCCUGUUGCUCAUCAAUGGUAUUCUACAGGUGGGUUUGAACAGUGAGAAUCUCCUCGCCGCGAUCGUCACCGCGCUCCGCGGGGUGACCUUCGAAGACACCUCCAACCUUGACUUGUCAAAGAUCAUCAGCAUGGUUCGGACGUUAUCGUCUAUCCUCUUAACAGCGGUCCAGCAUCUGGGCAUCUCGUCCGGACAUCGGCAGAUUUCUCAGCAAUGCCUCGUCAUCGUGACGCGGCUGUGUGUUUUGAACCCCCCGACAAACAAAGAGCAGGAGAAAGGGAAUAAAAUAAACAGCGAGAAGUUACUUAUGCAGAUGUCGUUCGCUGAGAUUGUAUGGAACUGUGCGAUGAUUAUGAUGAGGUCAUCCCUACAGUAUUCCCUCAUUGAUAAGCACCUGGCUGUCAUGCUACGCCACGUGCGACGACAUUGGAUGCAUCCCAUCCUCAAGAGCUUGCCUCCGCCAAAAUCUAUGGAUGAAAUAAUUUUCCUAGAAAAAGUGUUGAAUACUACAGCGAAUAAAAAUAGUGAUUUUAGACAAUCUUUCAAUUUGCCACCACCAUCUAUCGGUAGGAAUGAGAACGGCGAGGUCUUUGGUUCACAUGCCUUUCUUAUUUAUGCCAACAUAUCGAUGCUCGGCUUUAUACGCAAGUUACGUUUUAUGCUCAUGGAAACCUCAAAAAAGAAUAUCGAUACCAAGAAAACUCGAAUAAAGCGAUAUUACGAUGUUUGUAACGUUUUUUCCGAAAUAUUUGAACAUAAUAAAAAUUACAUGACCCCUUCAGUAAUAUAUUCUGCUUUCAAUGAGGCCUUUUUUUUCUCUUCAUUCUUUCGGAAAUCGGGUUAUUACACACCUAUAAUGCAACGCCAACUAGAGUUUUGUCUAUUAUGCACCUUGUCGUACGUCGAAGCUUGUGAUAACCAAGGAAGUUGGGCUAAAAGUUACACGGGUGCGGAAAACACCAAAUCACUGGACAAAGGAGGCGGAAAAGAGGUAGUACCAAGUAUGGAAGCCUCAGAAACUACUGUAAAAAAAAAAAAUUACUGA